AUGAAGCGAUCCAUCUCCAGCAGACUUCAUAACCUUAAAGAUGCCGGAACCUCCAAAGUCAAAACAGUCCUGCGGUCCCCACGGUCUCCGAAACUGCGCCCCGCGUCGCCCUGCGCAAGUGCCUCCUCCGUUGAUCGUAUUUCGUCGCCGGCGCCCCCAGAGCCGAUCCAACCUCAGCCGGCGACAAGCACUUCAUCCUUACCAUCAGAGCCGUCGGAACCGGUAUCCGAUUUUUGGGAUCGUGCAGAGAAAGCCCUCGAAGAGAGUUCCGAUCCCCAGACGAGAAAGGUGAUGGCUGCUUACCUGUCGUUGUUAGAGGAGGCCACAGGGUCCAGUCUUGCCGCCAGGGGAACGUUUACGCGUCAGAAACAACUGUCCGAUCUCACGGCACGCCGAGUUCGAAUGAUAGAGGAGAACCGGAAGGUCAUUACCGUUGGCGGAAAGCAAGUGCCGGUCGAGACUGCGUUGACGACUAUAGUCAAUAAUGUGUCGGUGGUCAAGGAUCUGAUAUCGACGGUCGCGCUGGCGGAGCCACAUGCGGCCCUUGCGUGCGCGGGCCUUGUAUUGGUUACGACUCUUCUCCUGAGGCCUAGGCAAGAGUAUCAAGCUCUCCUGGCAGGACUGGAGUACGUAUCGCAGGUUAUAUAUCAGUUCAACGUCCUCGAGCGUCGUUAUCUCUGUCGCAAGCACGAGAUUGCCCUCCCCGCCGAGCAAGCCGAUCAAUUUACCGAGGGGCUCCAAGCCGCUUUUGUCAGCCUCUACACCAACGUGCUGGAGUUCCAAGCGAGGGCCGUUUGCCAUUUGACAAAGACUUCGGCGGCCCGAGCAGUUAAGGAUAUGUUACAAAUGGAUAAUUGGGGAUCAAUGCUGGAUGGGAUCAAGGAAUCUGAGACUACAUGUCGACAUUUCACGGCGGUGAUCGAUUCGGAGAAGCUACACACGGGGAUGGAGGAGCACACGGCCCAACUGCAAGACAUCAAACAAGACACCGCCCAAAUUCAGAGUACGAUGUUGGGCCAGACGGAGAGGCAGAGGAGAGCACGGCAGGAAGAGGAGCAAGAAAAGCGCAAGCAGUUGUGGAAUGAGCUGCUGGCGGCUCUCUUUACGUCAAACUACGAGGAGCACAAAGGCCGCAAUGCGGAUAGAGUCCAGGGCACAUGCGAAUGGUCCACCAGCCAUCCAUUGCUCAAGAGCUGGAAAGAGGCCCAGUCUUCCAGCUUGUUGUGGAUAUCGGCUGACCCUGGCUGUGGAAAGUCCGUCCUGGCAAAAUACCUCGUUGAUCACGUAGUCCCCACGGCAGAGAAAGGGACCACAUGCUAUUUCUUCUUCAAGGCCGACUCUAGCGACCAAAGAAGCGCAGCGAAUGCCAUGUGUGCCAUCCUCCGGCAGCUGUUCCUUCAGCGACCGGAAUUACGUGAGAAGCACCCGUGGAUACUGGACAAAUUCAGCACCGACAAAAACCAGCUCACUACAUCCUUUCUAUCAUUGUGGGACAUGCUGGUCAAAGUGUCUACGAGCUACGAAGAUGGUGAGGUGAUAUGCAUUUUGGAUGCCCUGGAUGAGUGCGCAGAAGCCGAUCGACAACAGCUCACAGGGGCACUGGAUAAGCUGUACCGCAAUCCAAGCCACAAAGUUGCUCAAGAACGCGCUGCCCACGAUUCACCUGAGCGGCGAGGGCGAAGUCGAAGCCAACAAGAUCGAGCAAGAGAUCAAUCUCGUCAUCCAGAGGAGAGUGGAAGAAAUCGGAGCCAAACUCGAGUUGGAGAACCACGAGCGCUCGUUUCUCAGACAGGAGCUUCUGCUGAUUCCAAACCGAACUUAUUUAUGGGUGACGUGUUAUUCGACAUGGUUGAGAACACUCUCAGCUAUACCAAUAAGCGACUGCGAGAAAUGAUCAAGACCUUGCCCAGAACAGUUGACGAAGCGUAUGAACGGAUCUUGAACCAAAGCCCCGACAAAGAAAAGGCGCGCAAGCUGCUUCACCUGGUUGUUGGUGCUGUCAGGCCACUGACUGUCAGCGAGAUGCGAAUGGCACUGGCUGUGGAUCCGGCUCACAGUGAGUACGCCAGUCUGGACCUGGAGCCCGAGGCACGAUUUGCCAAGACAGUGAGGAACCUCUGUGGCCUGUUCGUGACCAUUGUCAAGAACAGAAUCUACCUCCUACACCAGACAGCCAAGGAGUUCUUAGUAUCGGAUUCGGUGCAACAGAACCACAACAAUUGUAAGAAUGGCGCCAUCUCGCCCACUGUCCACCAACCGCGUGACAACUAUGAGGACGCCGGCACUGGACUCGGUCGGUGGAAACAUUCACUGCAUCCCGUCGAGACAAAUCGAAUCCUGCUUGAAGCUUGCGUCUCGUAUCUCCAGCUCGAUCUAUUCAGUGAGGAUGAAUCGAAUGACAAUCCCAUUCACGCAGCGGAUGAGCAUAUCUUUUUGCACUAUUCGGCCAUACAUUGGACCACCCACUUCCGACACGCCGAAAUGCGGGCGGACUCAGAGCUUCUCCACCUGGUUCGGAAGAUCUGUAAGCCGGGGUCGAAAUGCGUCAACGAGUGGUUGAAGAUGUAUUGGCGAAACAUGAGCCAGGGAAGUAUGAUCCCGAAGAUGCUGAGAACCGAGCUUAUGGUGGCAUCAUAUUUCCAACUUGAGGAGUUUGCGGAAUUUCUACUCCGUGGGCCAGAUCCUUGUAUCGACCAUGAAGACCCGGAAAACGGCCGUACGGCCCUUUCCCUAGCCGCCGAAAACGGCAGCGAAGAAAUCGCUAGGAUGCUCAUUAAUCAUGGAGCACAAAAGCUCGACGCGCAAGACCGAAGGGGCAGUACGCCCUUGAUAUGGGCAGCGGAGUACGGGCACAUUGGAAUCGUCCGGCUCCUUCUGGGCCAGCAAAAGGGUAUCGAUUUUCACAAAUCCACCUUCAGCGAUCAUCAAACCGCGCUCUGGCAUGCUAUCAACAGAGGAUGUGAAGAUAUGGUUGCCCUCUUAUUAAAUAGCGGAGCCGAUGCCAUUCACAUGGCACCCUUUGGCGGGCCAAUGACAUUUGAUCGCCUGACACCACUUGCAUAUGCUGCCCGAAAUGGGUAUGAGGGCAUCGUCAAACUGCUCCUCCGGACCCCGGGUCUCGACCCCGAUGGCCGAGACCCUUUGAACCGCUCACCCCUGUCAUUCGCAGCCGAAGCCGGUCAUUUUCCAGUGGUGACCCUUCUCACAAACACACGCGCCGUGGACUUGGAUGCCAAGGAUAAGCUGUUUGGCCGAACGCCUCUUCUUUGGGCUGCCGUUCACGAACACGAGGCAGUGGUCGAGCACUUGGUAGACGCCGGUGCUACAGACAUUGAAUGUGCAGGGCAAUCACCUAGUCGAACUGCAUUAUCCUACUAUUCUGAGCGCGGAAACACGGCACUCGUAAAACUCCUACUAGGAACAGGACUAGUGGACCCCAACUCCCAAUCGACCGGAGGAAGGACUCCGCUUUCCUAUGCCUGUGAGCAAGGGCAUGGAGCUAUUGUUGAGCUCCUUCUGGGCACUGGCAUAGCAAACGCCAACUCCCAGUCGAAUUACGGCCGAACUCCGCUAUCCUAUGCUUGUGAAGGGGGGCAUGUAGAUAUAGUGCGCCGGCUCCUUGCGCUUGAGGCAGUUGACCCGGAUCUUGCUGAUAGCGGCUACGGCCGGACGCCGUUAUCCUGGGCCGCGUCGAGGGGGCACAGAGAGGUCGCUCAGCUAUUGCUUGAUACAAAAGCCGUUGACUUGGGCUCGAGGGAUGUGGCGUACAAGCGAACGCCCGCCAUGUGGGCUGCAGCGAAUAACCACGACAAGCUCGCACAUUUGCUAAAGCAUCCAGACCCCGAGGAGGACAAUCAAGUUCUCACACUGCCAACCACAUAG